AUGUCCUUACAUGGUAGUAACUGCCUGGUCGGGCUGGUCCACUUCAAUCCCCUGUGCAUUGAUAUCUGUCAGAUUCUCCCUCAUAAGGAUGAGUCAGCAAAUAAACAUUGCAAGAAUCUUGUAGAUGAUAAGAUGAAACCUAACACAGGAGAUGAAACAAUCAGCUCAAAUCCUUGGGAACAAAGCCCACACAAUUUGCCCCACGACAUCAGCAACAAAGCUCCAGCAAACAAGGAAGCAAGCAAGGCAUCCUCCCCAAUCAUCAACAGAAUAAAUCUCACCACACAACCAGAACUACUCGCCAGGCUUAGCCUCAAGACCAUUGAAAACCCGUCAGAUCAGUCCAACACGAUCUGA